UAUCAGAAAUGUAAUAGGAAUGUAAAGCCGAUCGUUCCCUGUACACUUCAAUGCGAUGUAAAAAUAGUGCCCAAUAAUGGGAUAAUGAUAGACGAUUGCUUUAUCCAAUUCAUGUGUCUAUGAACGUUGGUGCCUAUAGUAGGUUGCACGAGUAACUGGAAGAUAGAACUUGGAGGGGAUCGAAAUCUUUUGGUCAAGCAAUGGAUAUUUUUGGAGAAGAUGCGAGCACACUUAUCUGGAAGUAUGGCGGUAUGACUUCUGCGGCACUCGGUGCCAUCACAACUCUAACAUUGAUUGUAUUAAAUGCACUAUCCGACGGAGAAUCAAGAAGGCGGUACGAACAUCCACAUGAUGACGAAGAUUCUAAAAACCAUCACGGAGCAAUUGGGAAUGACGAUCGACGACCAAGUCAAUCUAGCAGCACCUCGAGCGACAAUAAUGCGAAAAAUGGCGAUGACAUAAACGGAGAUCUCGAUGAUAACGAGGUCGUUGGCGAUGUUGAUGGGGAAUUUGACAGAGGCAAAGUAAAUCAUUACGAGCAUUCGAAUGGAUCAGAGGUUGGUUCUACGAAUCAACUGAAUAAAAGAAGUUCGAAGAAGAAAUUGUAUUCGAAAUGACUUUUCGGCCACAUUGAAUCGACCUGGAUGUCCAUUUACAUUUUAUUAGGAUUUAGGAAUUUACUCUUGUGAGAAGGGUUCAGAAUAUCUUUUAGACAGGGUUGAUGUUUUAUCCAUCAGGUUGAUAACAUUACAAGGAAGAAAACGACAAAAAGUAUUUCAUAUUCUGAAGUUUGAAGGGCUUGUACGUCUUGGAAAAUAUUGUUAACAUCCCCAUGGAAGGGGCACUUUACUAUUGCUUGAACGAGGAUGUAUACAAUUAUAAUAAAAGUUUGUUCGAAAUCUGAAAAAAAAUUGGUAUGGUUUAGAAACUUUAUUAAUAGAAUGAUAUACCUAUACUUUUGUUUCAACAAUUAUUCAGAUACAGUUCAUAUAUUGAAUAAGACACAACAAUUAAGAGAGUCCAGCCAAAUUAAGGGUCACACCCCUGACGCAAGCAGGGUACAUAAUGAUGGUAAUAGUAACGAACCCGCGAUGCCACAAUAAACCUGUAGAGGUUUUAAAUGGGAAUCCAACCCAAAUAAAAACUUGCUUUUAGAGGGAAAAGAUUAAUCAGACAAGUUGAUAGGUAAAAGUUUGAACAAUAUUGGACAAAUCAUGCUAAAGUUAUGGAUCUUUAAAAGAUGUAAAUAUUGGUAAUUGAUACAAUGCUGAUUCCAUUUUAAUUAAGAUUAAUUACUCAUCCAUUUCUGAACCAAGUUUUAGCCUCGGUAUAGAUAGGCCUAAGACGAGAUUUCUGAUACUGCUGAAUAGUCUUUACCGUGUGGUCAGUAUGAGCAAAGGCUAAUUAAUAAGUCACUAAUUAAUUGUCGGAGACAAUGAGAGACACAACGAACGCUACUGUUUACUUGGACGUAUUGAUUUAAAGAUGUAGUUAUAAUGUUUCUGUUAUAAUCCAUGGAUGUAACUGUCAGUAAAUUGAAAAUGGGAACAAUAAAAUGCCGGG